UUACUAAGCAACGCCGUGCUAUGCAACGCGACACAACUUCCUUGCUCUAUGACAAUGGCGACAGACGAAGAAAACGGCGAGGCAAAAGUCAUGUAUGACAGCGAGCUAUCUUUGGAGGACCCAUACAAGGCUCAUAUUAUAUACAGUGAACAAGAACUCGCCUCCUCGGACGAAUCAGAGGAUUUCACUUCCUCAGACGAAUCCACGGUUGAUUCCUUGGAGGCUCUGGAGGCCGUUCAACUUCCGGUUUUGUCAGUGUCCCAGCGCUUUGGUCAUUUGAUCACGGGUCAACUGUCGAAACUCAGACAAGACGUUGAAUUCACUUUCCCGGCGCACACGGUAUUGAAGGACGACGAAACUCAGACAGACUCGGUGGAACACACUUCGGCCUCUACCAACAGCGAAAAUGAAGUCGUCGACCUGACAGACGUUCUUCAAAUGCAGUCGACCAUCCGCACACUUACCGAUAUUUUAACAUCAGUUGUGCAGUUAUCGAAAAUUGUGUCAUCGGCAAGAGAUGCUACAAAACAUAUCGUAGCGAACAGAAAUGUAUUGGAAGAGGUUCGUGCCAAAUGUGAUGUAUUGGAAAAAGAUAUUGGCGAUCAAAUCGGACACAAUGUGAGUAAAGCAAAACGGACAGAAGUCGACUGCAGGGAUCAAAGAACAGAAAUGAACUCCAUGAAUCAACGGACAGAAGUCGACUCCUCGGACCAGCGGACAAACGCAUGCUUUGAGGAUCGACGACUGAGCCCUACAGCGUCGAUUUGCCGACUUUCGGGGCUGCUUCAGCAGGCCCGGGACUCGGAAGGGUUGUCCCGGGACACGGAGAAGAGACAAGGACAGGGAAUCUUGGUCGGGGAUAUGAUGAACAUUCUGUCUGUUGUUCGGGAAAUGAUCAAUGACAUUACCUAUCAAAUGAAUUCGAUGACAGCCAAUGAAUGCAAAACAAUUGAUAUCGGCGUGAAUACCGUGAUUGAUCACAGGACUACCUCUCGCAUUCUGGCAAGUGAUGGUGAUGAGGUUGAAAAACCCGGCUCACGUCCAGAAGAUGUCAAGGGCAACAAGUUGACGGAGAAAUUACCGGAAAUGCCAACGAGAGGUGUCGAAAGAGAAUUAUCCCUGGGCGUUUUAGCUUCGUUUUAUUCGGCCCUCUCCCAUUUUUCGAGCGAAUCAAGUCUUGAUAUAGUAAUACCUAGCAAAUCACGUGUCAGAGAUGGUGACAAGGCAAAGACUUGUGUUGGUGUUGAAGACACAAUUAGUGCCGGGAAUUUAUUUGUGUCAGAAAGUGACCAUGAACAGGAAACCGGCUCUCCUUUUGGUGUCAAAGACGAAAAUGUAGACUUCAUGGAGUCUAAACAUAAAACUGCGGACGAGCUAGGUGACCACAAUUUAGAGGAAUCAUGCCUUGCGAGUGUUGGUAGUCGCGGCUUGGGCCAGGGAGGUUUUGGUAGUCAAGACUCGAUCCAAACAGGUGCUGGUGAUAAGGACUCGGACCAAGCUCGAAUAAGUCAACAACGAAUGAGCCAGACAUGUAAUACAGGUCAAGAAUCGGACCAAAAAAGCAUUGGUGACCAGGAAGGUAUGGUAGGUCGCGACGCGGGACAGGCAGAUUUUGCAGAAAAAGAAUUGGGUCAUGAAGGUGGUGAUGGUGGCGGCUUGAACCAAGGCGGUGUUGGUAAUGGCGGCUCGGACACAGGAUGUGUUGGUGGUGGCGGCUCGGACCAAAAAGGUGGUGUUCGUAGCGACUCUGGCCAAGAAGGUGCUGGUGGUGGCAGCUUUGACCAAGAAGGUGUUGAUGAUGGCGGCUCUGGUCAAGUAGGUGUCAAUAAUAGCGGCUCGGAACAAAGGGGUGUUGGUAUUGGCGGCUCAGGCCAAGUAGGUAAUGGUGGUGGCGGCUCGGACCAAGGAUGUGUUGGUGAUGACGGCUCGGACCAAGAACGUGUUGGUGGUGGUGGCUCGGACCAAGGAGGUGUCGGUGGUGGCGGCUCGGACCAAGGAGGUGUUGAUGAUGGCGGCUCGGGCAAAGAAGUUGGUGGUGGAGGCUCGGGCCAAGGAGGUGUUGGUGGUGGUGGCUCAGACCAAGGAGGUGUUGGUGGUGGCAGUUCGCACCAAGGAAGUGUUGGUGAUGGCGGUUCGGGUCAAGAAGGUUUAGGUGGCGGUGGCUCUGGCCGAGAAGGUGGUGGUGGUGGUGGAUCUGGCCAAGAAGAUGAUGGUGGUGGCGGCUCUGGCCAAGAUGUUGGUGGUAUCGGCUCGAACCAAGGUGGCGUAGGGGGUGACGGCUCUGGCAAAGAAGGUGCUGGUGGUGGCGGCUCUGGCAAAGAAGGUGCUGCUGGUGGUGGCUCUGGCAAAGAAGGUUUUGGUGGUAUCGGCUCGGACCAAGGAGGCGUUGGUGGUGGCGGCACUGGCCAAGAAGGUGCUGGUGGUGGCGGCUCAGGCGAAGAAGUUGUUGUUGGUGGGGGCUCUGGCAAAGAAGGUGUUGGUGGUGGCGGCUCUGGCAAAGAAGGUGCUUGUGGUGGCGGCUCUGGCAAAGAAGGUGUCGAUAAUAGCGGCUCGGAACAAAGGGGUGUUGGUAUUGGCAGCUCAGGCCAAGGAGGGUUUGGUGGUAUCAGCUCGGACCAAGGAGGCGUUGGUGAUGACGGCUCGGACCAAGAAGGUGUUGGUGGUGGCGGCUCGGACCAAAGAGGUGUCGGUGGUGGCGGCUCGGACCAAGGAGGGGUUGGUGAUGGCGGUUCUGGUCAAGAAGGUUUAGGUGGCGGUGGCUCUGGCCAAGAAGGUGGUGGUGGUUCUGGCCAAGAAGAUGAUGGUGGUGGCGGCUCUGGCCAAGAAGAUGUUGGUGAUAUCGGCUCGGACCAAGGAGGCGUUAGAGGUGGCGGCUCUGGCAAAGAAUGUGCUGGUGGUGGCGGCACUGGCCAAGAAGGUGCUGGUGGUGGCAGCUCUGGCGAAGAAGUUGUUGUUGGUGGCGGCUCUGGCCAAGAAGGUGUUGUUGGUGGCGGCUCUGGCAAAGAAGGUGCUGGUGGUGGCGGCUCUGGCAAAGAAGGUGCUGGUGGUGGCGGCUCUGGCAAAGAAGGUGUUGUUGGUGGCGGCUCUGGCAAAGAAGGUGCUGGUGGUGGCGGCUCUGGCAAAGAAGGUGCUGGUGGUGGCGGCUCUGGCAAAGAAGGUGAUGCUGUUGGCGGCUCUGGCAAAGAAGGUGCUGGUGGUGGCGGCUCUGGCAAAGAAGGUGAUGCUGUUGGCGGCUCUGGCAAAGAAGGUGCUGGUGGUAGCGGCUCUGGCAAAGAAGGUGCUGGUGGUGUCGGCUCUGGCCAAGAAGGUGUUGUUGGUUGCGGCCCUGGCAAAGAAGGUGCUGGUGUUGGCGGCUCUGGCAAAGAAGGUGCUGGUGGUGGCGGCUCUGGCAAAGAAGGUGAUGCUGUUGGCGGCUCUGGCAAAGAAGGUGCUGGUGGUAGCGGCUCUGGCAAAGAAGGUGCUGGUGGUGUCGGCUCUGGCCAAGAAGGUGUUGUUGGUUGCGGCCCUGGCAAAGAAGGUGCUGGUGUUGGCGGCUCUGGCAAAGAAGGUGCUGGUGGUGGCGGCUCUGGCAAAGAAGGUGAUGCUGUUGGCGGCUCUGGCAAAGAAGGUGCUGGUGGUAGCGGCUCUGGCAAAGAAGGUGCUGGUGGUGUCGGCUCUGGCCAAGAAGGUGUUGUUGGUUGCGGCCCUGGCAAAGAAGGUGCUGGUGUUGGCGGCUCUGGCAAAGAAGGUGCUGGUGGUGGCGGCUCUGGCAAAGAAGGUGAUGCUGUUGGCGGCUCUGGCAAAGAAGGUGCUGGUGGUAGCGGCUCUGGCAAAGAAGGUGCUGGUGGUGUCGGCUCUGGCCAAGAAGGUGUUGUUGGUUGCGGCUCUGGUAAAGAAGGUGCUGGUGGUAGCGGCUCUAGCCCAGAAGGUGCUGGUGGUGGUGGCUCCGGCCAAGAAGGUGUUGUUGGUGGCGGCUCCGGCCAAGAAGGUGUUGUUGGUGGCGGCUCUGGCCAAGAAGGUGUUGUUAGUGGCGGCUCUGGCCAAGAAGGUGUUAUUGGUGGCGGCUCUGGCAAAGAAGGUGAUGCUUGUGGCGGCUCUGGCCAAGCAAGUGUUGGUAGUAUUGGCUCGGACCAAGGUGGCGUUGAUGGUAGCGGCUCGGACCAAGGAGGUGAUGGUGGCGGUGGCUCUGGCUUUGAUGAUUCAUUUGCAACAUAUGAUGAAGAAACAAAGGAAGAGCAAGGAUCGAUUAUGUUAAAUGGACAGAACCCAUGUUCAGACGAUUCCCAUAGAAAAGGGCGGGAUAAUGAUAUUCGAGAUUCACCGAAACAAAAUUUCAAGUCAUCUUCUCUUGGUUCUGAAUGUGACGCAAGCAAAGAAACAGGAAGUGCAUCAAACGGCAAGCGUGGGAAACGUCUUCUUCCUCGGCCUUCUCACUCAGACACGUCCGUGUGUACGGGGAAACGACGACGACUCAAGAGUAUUUUAUCAGACGGAAAAGACAAAAUGAGAAAUGGUGGUAAACGGAAGUCACAAACGAACGCGCAAUCAAAGAAGUCAUCAGGUGGACAAGGCUUAGGCAGAAGAUUGAUACAAGCCACGUGCGCCGUGGUGUCAGUCGCGGGGUUAAUGGGUGCAAUGGUUCAGGGCCCCUCGGGGUGUCCAUGGCCCCCUGCCUUGGUGGAAGAUAUGUCAAGGAUAAUUGAUCUGGACUACUUAUAAAUGUCGCUAACAACUGUGUGCAAUCAAUAACGGGAGAAAUACGUUGUUUGUUAUUUAUGUGUUUUCCUUUCUAAUUUAAAAGGGUUUUCAUGUUUUCACCAAUGCCGGGGGUAGAAAUUAACAUAAAAUACAUUUUACUUGAAAUGUUUUGAUUUGCUUAAAGCAAAAGUUGAUGUUAGUUCAAACCAUAUUUUAUUUCAGCAUGAUAUAUGUCAAACUUACAUACAUACAACAAAUCAAUACAGAGUUCAGAAAUAAGUAUUAAGAUCUUUGUGUAAAUAUAUCUCCUUAAUACCCGACAAACUGGAAAUUACCAAAUUCAACGUGACGUCACGAAAGAAGAAAAAUAAUAAUAAUGAUGAUGAUUUUUAUGCAUAACCGAUUAUGGCACUACCUGCUAAAGCUGGUAUGAUAUAGUUAAGAAGAUAACUUACUAAAUAUAUAUAAAUAUUAGUCAAUUAUCACUUUUCGGAAUUCUUCAUAUUACGUAUGCAUUGCUAUUAAUAUAUACCUGUCUUUGACACUGUAACGCUAUAUAAUCUAACCAAGUUCAGAUGACAUUCAUAUAAGCUAUAAAUGCACUGACCCACGUGUUGACGUCUUCAUUACUAUGACGUCAUAAUUGAAAGGUUGGAUACCACUAAUCCUCUUUUAAAGAUGACUAUUUUUUAUUUAACAUGCAUAAAAGAUACAUGCACCUUUUUAAAUGAUUAUUUCAUAAUCGUGUGAAAUAAAUAAAGUUUAUAUAUAAAGGAGUAAUACAUUAUAGUUAUCAAUCAUGAUUGGAGACUUGCAUGCUGUGCCGUUCGAUCGUUAGCAAGCAAUCUAGCUUCCUGAAAUUUAUGGAAAAAAUAUGACUAUUGCAUGUACCGGAUACGCUUAUAUUUUUUCAAGUGCCUGGUCUCGCUUCUGGAAUUUAUUGGGUACUAGCAUAGUUUUAUUUAUAUUUUGGUGUAUUUUCAUACCAGAUUUGAGUGGGGACUUUUUUGUAUAUUGACGAUGUGUUUUGUAUUUAAGGAAACAUUGUUGAUGUAUAUCUGUAUUAUUUAAAUUUUAACAUAAGUAUUUUACAUAGUUAUUGAUAUAUUUUGGCUUUUGGAAAUGGAUACUAUUAUAAACUGAGUUUUAUAUCACUUUUACAUUACACAAGGAUAGCAUUUA